CUUGGCAGCAAGGAACUUUUCGCUAUCGCAUGCAUUUGUCGGCAUUUUCGUUAAAAUUCGAAAAAAUGCAAACGAGAUAGAAUUUUCUACUGUGUAAAAAAUAAAAAUAAAAAAAUGGCUUCUUUAGUUAAAUAUAUUGUUUAUAUUUUAAUAUUUGCUGGGACGUUUUUUUCUUUGAUAAAUUUUGUCACUAAUGAAGAUACUAAAAGUGCACCUAAAGUUAAGAAAUUACAAAUUGGUGUAAAAAAGAGAGUAGAAUCAUGUGAAACAAAAUCUAAAAAAGGAGAUGUGUUACAUAUGCAUUAUAAAGGUACAUUAGAAGAUGGAACUGAAUUUGACAAUAGCUAUAAACGUGGUGAACCUCUUUCUUUUACAUUAGGAUCGGGUCAAGUAAUACGUGGAUGGGAUCAAGGACUUCUCAAAAUGUGUGAAGGUGAGAAAAGAAAAUUGGUUGUUCCUCCCGAUCUUGGAUAUGGUUCAGCUGGGGCACCUCCUACAAUACCUGGUGAUGCUACUCUUGUAUUUGAAGUGGAACUGAUAAAAAUUGAAAGGAAAUCUGAACUUUGAUAGUAAAGCGUUUUUCCAUUAGUUUUUCUUCACACUGUCAUAAAAUACUUAAAUUUUAUCACUUAGCAAAUUAUGAUUCAAAACUGAAUGAUAUGAUUAGAAUUAUCAUAGUUGAAUGAAAAGGAUCAGUGUCACUAUUUAGAGAUGCACAGAAACACAGACUUCAUCAAUCUGAAAUUGUUACACAAGAAAAAUGAAUGAAAAUGCCAGCAAUUAUGUAUUUGCUAGCACCAAUGUUCAAGGCAAGCAAUCCUGCCAUGUAAAAUUAUUUAAAAUUGGUUACCCUUAUUUUUGUAACUGGUUUAUGGUUUUCCCCCCCAAAUUAAUACUUUAAUAGUUGUUUUUUUAGAGACUCAGAAUUUGUUACAUUUUGAUAAGUGCAUAUUUUGUAAAUUUUAAAGUUUAAUGAAAAAAUUAUAUUUCCUAUUAGUUUGAGUUUGAGCAAUUUUGAUUAUUACUCUAUAAUAAAUAUGAGAGUAACUUUGUGUAAACCAGUUUAUUUAAACAUUUUUGUGAUAACUCAUUAUUUCCACAAAUGACAAAGUUUUGCAUCUAUCAUUUUUCUACUUAAAACUCAUUGUUAAAUACAUUGCUCAAAUUGAAUAUUGCUCCUUGUAAGUGAGUAAUAAUGUUUAUGUAUUUCUAUCUAUGUUUAAAUUAUAUAAAUUUUAAAAAAUGCCACAUUCUUUUUUACUUAAAUAAUGCAAUGUCUUU